AGCCGCCGCCUCCCACAUUAGGACGGACGGGUUUGUUUCCCGUCUCCUGUCACAGAGGGAGAGCCACCGAGCCGGUGUCGGUGCUGUCGGACAGGCUGGGACAGCUCAAAAACACGCAGGCACCAACCGCAGGCGAACGCCAAGAGAACCGGACCGACCCUUUAAAAUACCCAGCAGCAAAAAUGGAGCAAAAACCUCUUCAACGUUUCAAGGCGAGCGCGUGAAGUUGGAAGUUAACUUUACCUGAAGUUGCUGUCGAGAUGAAGAGCCGCACUUCGUAAGCCGAGCGGACAAGAUGGGCAAGUGGGAGCUGACCAUGAAUCCAGUGCAGGAGUGGGGUGAGGAGAAGGAGGACGGCGUCGUGUACGGGGUGACGCUGCGCCGGGAGCCGGACCCGUCCUCGCCCGGCCCCAGCGAGACGAGCUCCUGCUGCGGUUUUGUCCAGUACAGGACCUGCAAGGUGCGGCGUCUCAAGGCCGCCACACUGGACUUGCUCAUAAAUCACCUCCUGGACAGCAGCAGCAGCCAGGACUUGGACUACAGCCGGAUCUUCCUGUCCACCUACCGGACCUACACCAGCACCACGGCGCUCAUAGAGCUGCUCUUCCAGAGAGACAGCACUUCUUCAGAUGUGGACAACGUGGGUUACUGCAGGAGCCUUCUGUUGACAUUCAUCCAGACGUGGUUGGAUGAGUACAGCGAGGACUUCAGGGACCCUCCGCUGCACCCUGCUCUCUGCCUGCUGCUGGAUCACCUGAGGAUCAGCUCCGCCGUGCACGGCGGCAUGCGCAGCCAGCCGAACUUCUGCUCACUGGCCGGACAAGCCGAGGAGCUGCUCAGAAAGUUCCAGAAAGACGAAGGAGCAUUGUUGAAUGUUGCUGCUGGUCUUGAUCAAGGGGAGGAAGAGUAUGCCAGUGAGGAUUCAGGAUGUGAAACCUCUCUGGAUCAGGGCAGCAUCAUGGAUUUCUCCGCCUCAUCCAUCGCUGAGCAGCUCACUCAAAUGGACUCUGCCCUGUUUGUCAAAGUGGUGCCCUACCAGUGUCUGGGCUGCGUGUGGUCCCAGAGAGACAAGAAGGAAAACAUGUCUCCCACGAUCCGAGCCACCAUCACGCAGUUCAACGCGUUGACCAACAGGGUUAUCGUGUCGCUGCUCUCCCAGUCUGCAGAACCAGCUAACGGCUCCUCUGGGUCGCCUCCUACAACUCCAGCCCAGAGGGCUCGCAUCAUUGAGAAGUGGAUCAAAGUGGCACAGGAAUGUCGUCGCUUGAAGAACUUCUCCUCCCUCAAGGCCAUCCUUUCUGCCCUGCACUCGAAUGCUGUUUACAGGCUGAGGAAGACCUGGGCAGCUGUCAGCAGAGACAGCAUGGCCACGUUCGAUAACCUCUGGGAGACGUUCCCGGACGAGAACUGUGUUCUGACCAACAGAGAGCUCCUGGUGGAGGAUGGAAGCCAAGCCAAUGUGGAUAAUGUUUCUCCAAAGUUAAGCAAGAAAUGUCAACUCCGGCAGAUGAGUACCUCAAGUGCAGUGGUUCCUUACCUGGGCACCUUUCUGACCGUCCUCACCAUGUUGGACACGGCUCUACCCGACACCACAGAGGAUGGACUUAUAAACUUUGAGAAGAGGAGGAGGGAGUUUGACGUCCUGUCACAGAUCCGCGUGCUGCAGGCGUCCUGUUCCCAGUACGGCCUCCCCAAACAUCCCAAAAUCUCCGCUUGGCUGCAUGGACACAGACUGCUCACAGAUCAGGAGAGCUAUGAAAUGUCAAAGCAGCUGGAGCCUCCGGUGGACGCUUGUUCACCGAAUUCCUGGAGCAACCGCUCUAUCACAAAGAAACUCUCCUUCUUCAGGUCGGUGAGUGAGACCGCUAAGAAACUCCCAGCUGACCAGAUCAGCGUUUCAUCCUCUGGAUCCAGUGGAUCUGAGAUGGAAGAUCUUUCUUCCCCAAACGCAACAUGUUCUAUUAAACUACAGUCCUUCCACAGCUCCUACAACAACGUUUCCGAGGUCUUCUCUUCCUCCUCCUCUUCCUUAUCCACCCCUUUCCCCUCGGCGGCUUCCUAUCUAGAGUCUCCGUCUGGUUCCCCGUCGGACUGCGGCUCUGACCUCUGCGGUACAGACCCGGCCACCGCUGCCGCCCGACCCAGUGCUCACCCGUCCCCCCACCACAAGCGCUCCAUUUCCAUGACGUCCCUGCCCAUGUACAACCGGCAGGUCUGCGACUCCUGCAUCAUCCGCGUCAGCGUGGACCUGGGACUCGACAACGGCAACAUGUACAAAAGCAUCUUGCUGACCAGUCAGGAUAAAACGGCCCAGGUGAUCCAGAGGGCUUUGGAGAAGCAUCACCUGGAGCACAUGAACCCGCAGGACUUCACCCUGUCGCAGAUCAUGUCGCAGCAGAAAGAGUUGCUUGUGCCGGACAAAGCCAACGUCUUCUACGCCAUGUCCACGACCGCUAACUUUGACUUCGUCCUGCGCUUGUACCACAAAAGCCAGAAGCAGCCGCUGAGAAAAACCGCCAGUCUCAGCCGUUUCGCCAGGUGAGGCCCGCAAGCCGAGCCGAUUGGAUAGAUCGGUUCCUGGGAAAACGGGCUUCGACUCAUAAAAGCUUCCCAAACUCUACGGUUCGUUGCUUUGCACCAAAAGGGAUGAAAACAGAAUGCGCUUAAGGAAGCUUACCAGAUUCUGACAAGAAAAAAAAAGCACUUUAGUGACGGAACCUAAAACUCCUUCAUCAGAUUGCUUCCUGGUUGGAAGACUGCUGGGUGUGAAGUGGCUUUUCCCACAGAGAUUUCAUGUGAGCGCUGAUUCAAUUUGACUUGCUAUUCAUCAUAAUGACGUGUGGGAACACACCCUUGUACGGGAAGCACGUGCCAACGUAUUUACACAGGAAAAGGAAAAAGAAAUAACAGUGACAAUUGCACGUUUCCCGACUGAGUUGGAGUCAUUAAAAGGGAUUAAGACUUAACCCAAUAAAGGGUUAGAACAUCUGCCUUUGUCCGACGUCGAUGAGUUGGAUGGCCUCAGAAAUGCAUGUGGAGGAUGAGCUCUCCGGUUCAUGGUGUACCUGUGAUGGUUGCCACGAGCAACUGGCAGCUCUGACUGGAAGGAGGGCAUUCCUGUGGCAGGGAUCAUGACGGCAGCGGCGAAACGUUGACGUUCUAGAUCUGUACUCCCAAUAUACAAAAUGAAAGGAAGCCUUAAACUAGCGGUUUUCUUUUUUUUGUGUUAGUUUGUCUUUUAGACUUUUCAAAGUUCAAAAUUUUAUAACGUUUUGUAUUUAUUUUGCCUCCACUGUGAUUGAUUCACCUUAACCGCACCUUUGUUCGAUGAGCACAUCUCGAUGACUCAUCACUUAGCAAGCUUAUCUCUUAAAUGGCAAAAACAUUGCUUGUUUAAAAAAAAAAAAAAAAAAAAUCCGACACAGAGUUUAAAAUGUUCCCGUUAAUGCCUUUGUAAUUAUUCUUUUUUUUUUUGAAUGUUUCAAUAUCUAACACUAUAAAAAGUCUGUAUUUAGUUAAGCUGUAACUAAACAAACUGACCCAGGAUUGAAGUUGUGCUAAAACCAGCUAACCGUUUGAUUGUGUUGACGGAAUUUUCCAGAAAGUCACGUCGGUCGAGGUGACGUCAAGAUCUUCGGUUUUGCAGAAGGGCAGCAAAGACGAACCGGAUACCGUAAACACACAUGUAUUAAAUCACGAGUUUCUUUCCUUUGAAAGCCUGCAAGUUGAGAGGUUUUCAGCCCUGAGGGGAGAAACGGCUGCUGUGGGAAGAUAAUGAACAGGCUUUUCCCUGCCUUCCACUUCCCACAGAAGCUGUUUCUGGAAAACACACCUCAGUGUAACGUGUUCCUGCACAUGACACCUGAAGCCACAAAGUUUUUUUGUUUUUUUUUUCCUGUAAAACUUAUCAUAUAAUUGUUUUAAAUUACCAAAGAUGUUCCAAACAACAACAAAAUAAUUUACUGUUUUUAAUUCAGAAUUUGAUACGCAUUACCAGGAUGUAUUAAAAGCCAUUAAAUAAAAAUAAAAAGUUUCCAACCUGC